CAUUUUCAGUUUUCUUCUUGUCGAUCAACAGUUGACUACCGUAACUGGAGUAAUUACGAACGUUAUCAGUGCUAUUCUCACAAUGCUCGUCAUCUGUGUGCUUAUGGUAUUCCUGAUCAUCCUGAUCACCUACAGCUUUUCGUGCCUCGACCGCUUUCGGCUACCUGCAUCGCAGUGUCGAUACUGUCCAUCAAUUUGGGAGUCGUCGGAGCACUUUCAGCUGCGGGCAUUCGACUGGACAUUAUCUCAAUGAUCACCAUAGUGAUGAGUAUUGGAUUCUCUGUUGAUUAUGUGACUCACACAACCUUUCAUUUCAUUGUUCAACGCCACGACCGGCUCAAGAAAUGCCUGGGUGUGAUGACGGAACCAAUACUGCAGGCAGCUCUGUCCACAGUGGUAGGCGUGGCACUGCUAGCACUCGUUCCAUCCUACAUUGUACGAACUUUCGUGAUGACUGUGUUCGCAGUCGUUGUCAUUGGGGUCCUGCACGGACUACUUUUCGUCCCAGUGCUGCUUGCAGUCAUGGUCGGUUUCCUUUCUUUACUUUGGAUGUUUCUAACUUGUUGCUAG